AUGAGUGAGGCCUUUGACUGUGCAAAAUGCAGCGAGUCUCUGUACGGCCGGAAAUACAUCCAGACGGACAACGGCCCCUACUGUGUCCCCUGCUACGACAACACCUUCGCCAACACCUGUGCUGAGUGCCAGCAGCUGAUCGGGCAUGACUCGAGGGAGCUAUUCUACGAAGACCGCCACUUCCACGAGGGCUGCUUCCGCUGCUGCCGCUGCCAGCGCUCCCUGGCCGACGAGCCCUUCACCUGCCAGGACAGCGAGCUGCUCUGCAACGACUGCUACUGCAGUGCCUUCUCCUCGCAGUGCUCCGCCUGCGGGGAGACCGUCAUGCCGGGGUCCCGGAAGCUGGAGUACGGAGGCCAGACGUGGCAUGAGCACUGCUUCCUGUGCAGCGGCUGUGAGCAGCCCCUGGGCUCCCGUUCCUUCGUGCCCGACAAGGGCGCCCACUACUGCGUGCCCUGCUACGAGAACAAGUUUGCUCCUCGCUGUGCCCGCUGCAGCAAGACGCUGACACAGGGUGGCGUGACAUACCGUGACCAGCCUUGGCAUCGAGAAUGCCUGGUCUGCACGGGGUGCCAGACACCCCUGGCAGGGCAGCAGUUCACCUCCCGGGAUGAUGAUCCCUACUGUGUGACCUGUUUUGGAGAACUCUUUGCACCCAAGUGCAGCAGCUGCAAGCGCCCCAUCACAGGACUCGGUGGGGGCAAGUACGUGUCCUUCGAAGACCGCCACUGGCACCACAGCUGCUUCGCCUGCGCCCGCUGCUCCGCCUCCCUGGUGGGCCAAGGCUUCGUGCCCGACGGAGACAAAGUGCUAUGCCAGGGCUGCAGCCAGGCGGGGCCCUGA